AUGCUUUAGACCAUUGAAAUAGUAGAGAAUUUUGAUGAUUUGAAUACUAAUUAAAAAUAUUAAUUGAAAGUUCCUUUAUACAGGAAUGAUAAGCAAUAUAUCAACGACUUAGAGAAUAAUGUUAAUUAUUUUAUGAAUCAGAUUGGUAAAAAUAAUUAUAUUACUCAAGACUAAAUGGAAGUCGUAAUGCCUCGCUAUCAAGGAAGAGAAAAAAAAAGGAGAGUCAAUAGGGCUAGAAUGCAGGAAGAAAAAAUUAAAAGAGAAAUUCAAAAGUUAAGACAAGAAGAAAAAAUAUUUGGAAAAGCUGAAUUUUAAUUUGCAAAUGAAAUUGCAUCAGACAAUAAAAAAAACACUUCUUUUCUUCCUCCUUUCUAGUAGUACAGCUCAUCUUAAAUGCCACCUACUGAAUUUUUGAAAUAUAUUUCAACUGAAGAAUAUAAAGAUUACAAAUAUUAGUAUAAACCUUAUAUUCCUUCAAGAUAUGAAUAAAGUAUAAUGGAAAGAUAAAUAGGCUCAUUAAGUCCCUCCAAAAAAGACUUAGUCCUUCCAUAAAAUAUACUUAGAGGGUCUCAAAGCUCUAAGAGUGUUUAUGAUAGAAAUAUGCUGAAUACUUCUCCUAAUUAGGAAAGUCUCCUACUAGAGAAAUCGUAGGCAUAUUUGCUUGAGCAAUCUAAAAUGCAGAGUAAGUGGCACAGUGCCUUCAAAAAUAUAGAUUCUUAUGAUAAAAGGAGCAAAAUACUUUCUUCUGAUAAUCUCUAGAAGCAAUACAAGCAAUCUAAUGCUAUAAUCCUAGGGAAAAUUAAAAACUUAGAACCAUCAGAAGAUGAAGUAUUAGUGUCAAACAACAAUCUUUAAAUUAAUGAAUUGCUAAAUAAUCUAAAAUUAAAAAAUGUUCCUUUGUCUGUUAAAACACCAGAUAAUUACAUAUUCCAAGAAUUUAUGCAGCUCUCUAAACAGUCUUUAGAUAUAAUUUUAUAUCAAAACGAAUACGUAAACCCAAAUAAACAAGCUUCACUAAAAGAAGAAAGCAAAAAGCUAAAUAUUAAGUUACACAAAAUGAAAAAAGAAAAUGAUAAAUUCAUUUUAUUCAAAAUACUAAAGAGUCACUUUUAGCCAAUUUUAGAUAAAAAUAAACCUUCAAUAAUGAAUAGAGUGUUUUUAGCUUUAGACAUCAACCCUUACGAGGAAUUUUCCAAAAUUAAAUGGGAAUAAUAUCAUUUAUUUAACAAAAUUGUAAUAGAUUAAAGUGCUUCUGUCAUAGAUACAAUAAAUUUUAUUGUGAAGUUUUUUGGCAUACAUGAGAGUAAAUACAUGAGAAAAAUUGAGUUUUUAGCUAUUUUAAGACUUAUUUGCAAUAAAUUUGAUGACUUCCUUAAAUCAAAAGGAAGAACAACUAUUUUUGAGCUUCUUGAAUAAAAUUUAACUGUACUAAACUUAUUAAGAUAUGAUUCUGAAUAUUUAAGUAUAAAUGAAUUUAGGGCCUUACUGCUUUCACAUAGAAUUAACUACUAAACUUUAUUGUAACUUAUUGUUUUGACUCUAUGA